GUCUCAGCCAGGUGCUGGUGGUCGUCAUCUUCUCCGACGACAUGACGGUCAUUUCUCCACAGAGCCGUCGGACGGAAGGACAUAUUUAUAUCAUUUUUUUCAAUUAAAUAUGUAUAUGAAGAUGUUGUGAUACACAUCAUGGCUGCCGACUGAACCGGACGCUUCCCGCCUUCUCAUCCUUUCAUGUCUGCCGUGUCGGUGAGCCGGACAAUAGCACGCAGGCUCUCUCCGAGCUAGGCUCCGCGGCGUGUGAUGGCUGCUCACGAAUGGAAGGACUGGUUCGAACGGGAGGAAUUGAUCGGACAGAUAAGCGACAUGCGAGUCCAGAACCUCCAAGUAGAGAGACAAAUUGUUCAGAAGAGGACUUUCACCCGAUGGAUAAAUCUGCAUUUAAAAAAGUGUGACCAACCCAUUGAAGUCCAAGACCUUUUCCAAGAGAUCCAAGAUGGACGGAUUCUCAUGGCUCUCCUGGAAGAACUCUCUGGCUGCAAGCUGCUUCAUGGCUUCAAGAAGUCCUCUCACCGUAUCUUCAGACUCAACAACAUUGCCAAAGUCUUGGCCUUCCUCGAAGAGAGAAAUGUAAAGCUCGUCAGUAUCGACGCUGCUGAUGUUGCUGAUGGAAACUCCUCCAUUAUACUGGGACUCAUUUGGAACAUCAUUCUCUUUUUCCAGAUAAAGGAGUUGACUGGCAACAUAAGGAGUCAGUUUCCGUCCACAUCCAGCCUGUCAUCCAUACCUACCAGCUCUGACCCAGCUCACCGCAGCAUUCCACCGACCGAGACGCCGAUGGUGCCCGCCAGCACAAGAGAAGACAGCAAGGCCAUUAAAAAGCUGUUGCAGUGGGUGCAGAAGCGAACGCGCAGGUACGGUGUGGCGGUUCAGGACUUUGGCAAGAGCUGGACAAACGGUCUUGCUUUUCUUGCUGUCAUCAAGUCUAUUGACUCCAGCCUGGUAGACAUGAGGAAGGCCUUGCUGAGGAAUGCGAGGGAAAACCUUGAAGAUGCGUUCAGGAUCGCUCACUACAGCUUGGGUAUCCCGCGCCUUCUUGAGCCUGAAGAUGUGACCAGCAAUGCACCAGAUGACCAGUCCAUCAUGACAUACGUGUCACAGUUCCUUGAGCACUUCCCGGGCACAGAGGAGCCAAAACAGCCUUACCCACUCAUUGAAAGGAGCACCUCGAUGGGCCGACUCAACUUCCGUAACGCCGACCUCCACCAUUUCGUGAAUAAUGCUCACUCUGGCCGAGUGAAGGACAGGUUCUUAAUGUUCCAGAAGGACUCUGCGCAACCUCCAUCCAAAAUCUUGCGUUCGUCCAUGUCAGAGGACAGAGGUGGCAUGUCACCAGCCAUUAAACCAGCCAUUUCUCGCACUUGGUUUAGUGAAGACUUCUUGGCUGAUUCCCCCUUCACAAAAGACAAUUUGAGCAGUGUGGAAGAAAAUCUGAAAGAACCGACAGAAGAUGUCUCAACCAGCUCCAUGGAGAACUCCCAGCUCAAUGAUACUCACUUUCCCAUUGACUCAACAUUGCCUGAGUUAGUGACAACUAAAUCCGUCAUGGGCGAUUCAGCUAUUAACUCUCCAGAUUCCUGGGUGGAGAGCGAGGAAUGUGCCGUUCCCGUGAAGAGCCAAAGUGACAGUUUAUUGUAUGAUUGCACAACACCUUGGGAUGUUUACCGUGCUAUUCCUGUGGAAAUUACGACCGUUGAUGGAGGUUUUGUCCACAUUGCGGAGAAAGUGCUAGAUGACCAGUCCAUGGCUGAGUCAUUUAUUGAUGAAGGAGUCUUCUCACUCAACUCAUUAAGUAGUAUGCAAGAUGAAAUUCUAGGCAUCAGAGAGAAAAAGGUGCUGGACAAUGACAUGGUCAAAGAAAAGAACGAGGUAAAUCUCGAGAGCCAUAAAGACUUUUCACCGAAACCGUUGAAAGAACUUGAAUUGGAAAAUGAGCGCGAGAAAACAGAUUGUCAUUAUCAAGAAAUUGAUGCAAAUUAUUGUCAAAAAGAAGAAAUAUCCAUAGAAGAAAAAUCAUCAUCAUCCUUUGGAGGUGGUAAUCAACUGGAAAGUGUUGAUUCUAACCAAUUCCAAAACUUGUCUAAACCUGAACCCCAAUCAUCAUCCGACCAAGAACCUGCGGAGAAGUACGGUGUUACGCCAAGCUGUUCGAGAGAAGACAACAGUUUAGAGCAACCUAUGGAUCCUUUAUUGUUGGUUGAUAAAGGACCAUUUAAUGACCAAACAAAUAGACUUCAAGGUGAAAAUAUUGGUGAAGGACUUCAAAUGGAAAAUGAUUGCCAUAAAACGCACAAUUCUCAACAAAUAGAUGAAAAUGAUUUUCUUAAAGAUGAAGUAUCCUUUAAGGAAGACGCUGGCAUUGUAAAACUCUCGUCCUAUGGAGACGACGUUUCACUGGAAAGAGAUGAACCUCAACCAUGUUCUGACCAAGAAUUCAAGGAGCAGUAUAUUGCUCCACCAAGCUCUUACGGAGAGUGUUUGAAGCAAGCGGUGGACACUGAGAAAACCUGCCAAGUUAUUGAAGGAGAGUUUGAUUGUGAAAACAAUCAUGAAGAAGUACUUCCGUUCAAAGAUGAAUGUAAGAACACAGAAAGCUUGUUACAGGACGGAGGAACUGAGGCAGAUGGAAUUGUACUUGAAGGGACGGAAUCGGCCACAGUAACGCAAAAUGAAGCCAUUGACGGGGGCAGAAGAUGCUGCCCAGAUCUUCAAACAGACUUGAGCUCUGAGAACCAACAUGAAAACUCACAAAUAAGUUCAAAGCAAUAUGCAAGAACUGAUACUAGUUUAAGGAGUCAAACACCUGGACACAUUGGACAGGACAGGACAACAAGACCGUCAGAUGAGCGUCUACCCCUAGCUGAGAAAGCUGCUGUGUGUUGUGAAGCACCUGAGACCUCCAGGAAAACGGAGGAAGAGCUUUGCAGGUGUACACCAACAGAAGACGUAGCUUGUGACGUCAUCGAGCCGAUGGAUCUGUUUUACCCGUACAAAGAGGAAAACGUAUUUACAGAGCCGCUCGAUAACGAAAUGCACAGCUGGCCGUCUGUUUUGACUGUAUCCGCCCUGGAGCCAGCUCCAGCUUCCAAGAUGCCGCCAGGAGAACAACACCUCUGUCCCAUGGAUGAUAACUUUCUGGUGGAUUUGCUACAUGAGGACAAUAAGGCUGAGAAAGACCGCACAUCUGCACCCAAAGACCAAUGCCAGCUUCCUGCACUCAUGGGAGCUUUUCCAAUUACCUGCAGCGAUGGAAGCCAAGACUCUUUCAAGGAAAUCACAGUGCCUGUGAGCCAUGACAGUCCGAGUCAGAACGAAGAAGUCCUGAUCCCUCCAAUACUCCGUCACAGGAAGGGUCUUCACUUCACCACGUCGCAGGACAAUCGCAUCAACAUGACAACAAAACAGAACAUGGACGACUUAGAACGUUGCUGGAGCGAUAGCUGGGAGCCCUAUCUUCUGGUUGUCGUGUGGAUUCUGCUCUACUGUGUGUUGCUGCUGCCUCAGAUGGACGUAAAGAUUUGACCCAUCAUCUACCGUGAAGACACACACUCUCAUUAACUAUUAUUAACUAUUAGUUACAUUUUAUUUAGUCACACCUUUAUCACAUCGUCCACACAAACACACACAACGUUCAUUUUGACCAAGUCAAGACAAUUGACACGCUUUUAUUGUUUAUUUUUGAUGACUAUAAUUAUGGGUAAUAUUAUUAUAAUUAGUUUUUUUAUGUUUGACAAAGUAAAGCGUAUUGCAGAUAAUAGGGAAACUCCUGUUGCAAAAUCAUUUCUCAGGUUUCUGCUCUAUUUCUAUGAAGGUAGUAAAGUAGUACUAGAUUAAGUAGUAGUAGUUUAAAAAAUAAAAGGAAUAAUACAAAAAAACUAUUCAAUUUUGGAGAUGGAAAUAUGUCUAUGUGAGACAAAAGAGAAGUGUUUACAAACUGUCACAUUUAAGCGCAUGCUAGUAUCGCUUUGCUAUUUUUACACGCUAACUACAAAUUGUACUCUUGUUGUGAUGAUAAACAAACAUUUUAUAUUUUAUACUACAAAUAUCUUAUGGCAGAAACUCAAGAAGCCUCCAAGAAAGAUUGCUGCAGGAUUCUUUCGUGUGGAGUAAUUCAUGCGCUCAGGGCUCUACGCGCUCGCCUUCUUCCACACCAAACUCGUCCAAGCAUGCCUUGAUAGAACAAUCUUUGUGCACGGAACAUAUUUUACUACAAAAUGGGAUCUUCCACAGGACAUGAAAUUAUGCUGGAAAUAUGUCAGCAAUUCUUCAACAUCCCGAUCCCUCCAUGAGUGGAAAACUCCUCAGAUAAAUAAUAGAAUAGAAUGUAUGUAAUAUUAUUUAUCCUCAAUACCCAAUAGUUAUAAUUUAGCCUCAGAAAAAUAGCAAUUCAAUGAUAUAUCCCCAGAUAAAUACGCAUUGUUUUAUCUUCAAAGUAAUAAUAAUUAUAAUUUAUCCUCAAAAAAUAAUCAAAUAAAAACUCCUCAGAUAAAUAAUAGAAUAGAAUGUAAGUAAUAAAUAUUAUUUAUCCUCAAAACACAAUAGUUAUAAUUUAGCCUCAGAAAAAUAACAAUUCAAAUGAUAUAUCCUCAGAUAAAAACUUAUUUUUUUAUCUUCAAAAUAUUUAUAAUUUAUCCUCAAAAAAUAAUAAUAAAAUAAUGUAUCCCGAGAUAAAUAAUUAUAAUUUAUUCUUAGCUAAAUAACAAUUAACAUAAUUUAUUCUAAGAUGAAUAACAAUUCAAAUAAUGUAUCCUCGGAUAGAAAAUGGGGCGGUAUGGCUCGGUUGGUAGAGUGGCCGUGCCAGCAACUGGAGGGUUCCAGGUUCGAUCCCCGCUUCCGCCAUCCGAGUCACUGCCGUUGUGUCCUUGGGCAAGACACUUUACCCACCUGCUCCCGGUGCCACCCACACUGGUUUAAAUGUAACUUAGAUAUUGGGUUUCACUAUCUAAAAGCGCUUUGAGUCACUAGAGAAAAGCGCUAUAUAAAUAUAAUUCACUUCAAAAUAAGUAUUUAUUCCCAUAUAAAUAAUAAUAAAAAAUUAUCGUCAUAAUAACAAUAAAAAUGCUUCAGAUAAAAAUAUUUAUAAUAAUUUUCCCAGAGAAAUAAUAAGAAAAAUAAUUUAUCCUCAGAUAAAUAACAUAAGAAAUAUAUUAUUUUCAGCUAGAAAAUUAAUAUAUUCUCAGUUAAAUACUGAUAUGAUAAAAAAAAUUAUUUAGCCCUGGAUUAAAAAUAUUUUAUUCUCAGAUAAAUGCCCAAUCUUUGGUAUAGGUGGUCCUAAUAGUUUUGUUCCUUGACUGUAAUGUAAGUUGUAAAUGAUAUGUAAAUAAACAGCUCAGUCAGUCACACUGUACACAGAACACGUGAAAUACUUAUGAAAUACUGUAAUACCAAGAUUAUUAAGAUCCUUUUAAGGCACGUAGAAACAGGAAGUGUCAAUAAUUAAACCACUGUGCUGCUUAGUUAUCGCUGUUUAUUUCCUCGGAUGCAGAUCCUCAAACGUCUACUCGUAAUUCAGGAUGUGAACCUCGCCUCCUGAUUGGCUCAGACAGAGUAUUGGCUACACCCAAGAUAUUCAAAAAAAUACAUUUUUGUUAGGAUACCGGAAUAGCUUUAAAGUUGACGCUUGGACAUUCUGAUGACAUGAAAAGAGAAUAAGGAAGCACUUUGCUGUAAGUAUCAGUCAAUCUUACGAUUGUUGGAACCUACCCCAGCUGCUAGCUUUAGAAGGAGAAUGUUUUCAUCAACUUUGCCCACGCUCAAUAGAACUGUCCUGUAGAUGACUUUGAGUGCGUUCACUGCUGUUUAUGUGUACUUAUUUACCACAGUGGCUUCCACGUUUAAUAUUUUAGCUGUUGUCAUAUAUUUUGGAACCCACAGUGCAUUAAUAACUUCUUCUUACAUCCAUGAUCAAGACAUAUUCACCUUCUUUUUCAUCCCAAUUAUACGUGGACUCUUUUGAAAUGAACGUCAUCCACGUCGCAGAUGAUUGUAUAGUAAUCCUUGAUUGUACAUACACAUACUCAUAAUAUAUAUUUGUAUAUAUAGCGGGGGUGGGGGGGGGGGUGUAUUUUGAAUAAUUAUCCCUACAAAGAUUUGAAAAAUUCAUAAUUCUUAUGGUACAGUAGGUAGGGUUGUAUUUUGCCUCAUUCCUGUGAAAAUCCCGCACGUGACUAAAGCAUUAAGGAGUGGGACUAUCCAGGUCUAGCUGCAAUGUGCUCAGACAACCACCAGGUGGCAUCUGUAUUAUCUCAUUCGCUUUCCACUAAAAGUAUUUGGCCACCUGCCUUGACUCGCAUAUGAACUUGAAGUGCCAUCCCAUUCCUAACCCAUAGGGUUCAAUAUGAUGUUUGCAGCUAUUACAGCUUCAACUCGUCUGGGAAGGCUGUCCACAAGGUUGCGGAGUGUGUUCAUAGGAAUUUUCCACCAUUCUUCCAAAAGCGCAUUGGUGAAUGUUGGUGGAGAAGGCCUGGCUCUCAGUCUCCGUUCUAAUUCAUCUCAAAGGUGUUCUAUCGGGUUCAGGUCAGGACUCUGUGCAGGCCAGUCAAGUUCAUCCACAUCAGACUCUGUCAUGUCUUUAUGGGCCUUGCUUUGUGCACUGGUGCACAGUCAUGUUGGAAGAGGAAGGGGCCCGCUCCAAACUGUUCCCACAAGUUUGGGAGCAUGGAAUUGUGCAAAAAAUGUUUGGUAUCCUGGAGCAUUCAAAGUUCCUUUCACUGGAACUAAGGGGCCAAGCCCCACACCUUAAUUCAUACCACUUUGUGGCUGAGUUGCUGUUGUUCCCAAACUCUUCCUGUCAGAAGAAUUGUAUGUAAAUUAUCAAAGUUCCCAAUGAACAGACAAGAAGAGGCUGUCUUUGUUGCACCAAGCAAAGGCUUGGAAAAUUCCAUUGUGUACGAUGGGAGGAGACGGGAGGGGGUUAUCUAUUGUCAUCGAAGACCUGCUCAAGCUGAAGCCAGGACCAGCCCAAGCCCGAGGCAUCUUUUUCUUUUGUGUUAAUUUGACCGAAAACAAUGACUGUUUACAUACUCCCCAUUCCUUUGGAAGCAGAUGUUGUGUAAACAGGGAGUGUCCAAAUAAAGGAGGAGACGUAAACCUUUUUCGUCAGAGCGUGGGUGACACUGUAAGAGGUUACAGGUCGACACGUUUCUCCUCAAUUGAGCAAAAUUGAAUUCUGUCACUGAUUGAUUCUUUGCUUCUUGUCUUGUUUAAUAGAUGUCAUCAGUGUUUGAACCUGACAUCUUCUAUUUUCUUAUAAUAAAGCCGACCGUUGGAAUAUUUAGGAGCGAGGAAAUUUCACGACUGGAUUUGUUGCACAGGUGGCAUCCUAUGACAGCUCCACGCUGGAAAUCACUGAGAGCGGCCCAUUCUUUCACUAAAUGUUUGUGGAAACAGUCUCCAUGUCGAAGUGCUUGGUUUUACACACCUGUAGCCUGGCCAAGUGAUCAGGACACCUGAUUCUGAUCAUUUGGAUGGGUGGCCAAAUACUUUUGGCAAUAUAGUGUAUCUUCACUCACGCUUUAAGUGAGGGAUGAGGCAAAAACUAACCCAGACCCACGGUAGCUUAAUACUUAUUUUACUCAUCAAAUACAAAUACAUUUAUGAACUUCAUUUUUUUAAUAUAAACAUUCUGUGUCAAUUACCGUAUUUUCCGGGCUAUAGAGCUAUAGACCGGUAUUUAAGCCGCACUCAACAGAUUUUAGAAGAUUUUUUUUUUUUUUACGUACAUUAGCUCCACUAGACUAUAAGCCGCUGAUAUAACAAUUAACAUAAUGUAUUCUAAGAUGAAUAACAAUUCAAAUAAUGUAUCCUCAGAUAGGAAAUAAUUAUUUAUUCCCAUAUAAAUAAUAUUAAAAAAUUAUUGUCAUAAUAAUAAUAAAAAUGCUUCAGAUAAAAUAAUUUUCCCAGAGAAAUAAUAAGAAAAAUAAUUUAAAUCAACAUUUACACACCUUAAUUGUUUCCAAACAGUGCUUGUCACACUGCAGUAAAACGGCUGAUCAAACAAAACAGAAGUCAUCAUCAUGGAGCCACUAGCUGCAGAAGCUCGCUCUCCAAUCAGAUAAACCGACUUAACAACAAUACAAAAAGAAUGCCAUUUUAAGGUAAUAAUACUAACCUGAUAGCAUAUUUGCUAAUGCUAACGACGCUAGCUUGAUUACAUUAAGAUAGCACGUACAAAUAAGCAUGAAAAAAACUCGGCGUCCAUAGAGGGUCCUCUCCGAGGUUUCUCAUUGACAUCCCACUGGGUUGAGUUUUUCCUUGCCCUUAUGUGGGCUCUGAACCGAGGAUGUCGUCGUGGCUUGUGCAGCCCUUUGAGACACUUGUGAUUUAGGUCUAUAUAAAUAAACAUUGAUUGAUUUGAAAACACUUCUACAGACAUCACACAUGGGGACGGUUUAGUAAGUAUGAAUAGUUUAUAUUGUAAAACUUACAACCUUUUGCUUGGAGUUUUCAACCUUCAGCACCCGCGGUGAGCAAACUCGUCCGAAAUGCGGCGCCGCAGCACAAGGAAAACACCUUUUUAGCGUCUCUGUCGGUGUAAUAUGAAAACUGUUUGGCCACUACAAAACAUUAUGGCCAUUAGCGAAGAUAAAAUCCAUAAAUAAGCCCCACCGUUUUAUAAGCUGCAGGGAUCAAAGCGUUGGAAAAAAGUAGCGGUUUAUAGCCUGGAAAAUAAGGUAAUACAUAAAAAUGGACUGUUCUUCCACAGUUAAUGAAGCUGUGCUGCAGUAUUUAGGUAUUGACAGUACUAAGGAUGUAUUGUUGCCACUUUCAAAAGCCAUUUAACAGCCGAGGGUGUAAACAACCAGUAAAGCUGCAGAUUUAUUGAAAUGUGUCAUAUCUGUUGAUGUACAAUUUGAUUUAGUUUGACAUUAUUGUGGAAUGAAGCCACGCUCGAGCUUUGUCCUGCCAGCCGAUGGAAAUAUUUGUCAGUGUGUUCUUUUUGUUGCAUUAUAAUGACAAAGAAAUGAUUGUAUUGCUGUUCGCUAUCGGCUACUGCUAGCAAAAUAAAAGCUUUUCACCCACAAAAAGGCCUCCAAUCAUUAGAAGUGUGACAUUACUACUGUUGUGUAUAACAAAGGUUGAACUAUUAUCAGUCUAACAUUAAUGCAUUUUUAAAAAAAAAGUUUUAUCUACAGCACAGGUGUCAAACUCAAGGCCCGGUCAAUAAAGUACUUCAUAUUUUCUCACUA